GGGAGCGUGAGCAGGCGAGCGAGCAGGCAGGACUCGGAGCAGAGUGCGUGCCGGGAGGAGUCGCCGCGCCCGCGGCCCCUGCGCCACCCCAGUGACAACUUCCCAGUGCUGUGGGUGCCAGUGCCCAGGUUAUGACGACGACUCCCAAACCGAACAAGUCACUCAAGGUCAAGAAGGAGGCUGGCGAGAACGCCGCAGCGCUGAGCGACGAUGAGCUGGUGUCCAUGUCCGUGCGGGAGCUAAACCAGCACCUGCGGGGCCUGACCAAGGAGGAGGUGGUGCGGCUGAAGCAGCGGCGGCGCACGCUCAAGAACCGAGGCUACGCGGCCAGCUGCCGCAUCAAGCGUGUGACACAGAAGGAGGAGCUGGAGCGACAGCGCGUGGAGCUACAGCAGGAGGUGGAGAAGCUGGCCUCGGAGAAUGCCAGCAUGCGGCUUGAGCUGGACGCACUGCGCUCCAAGUACGAGGCCCUGCAGACCUUCGCCCGCACUGUGGCCCGCGGCCCCGUCGCGCCCACCAAGGUGGCCACCACCAGCGUCAUCACCAUCGUCAAGUCAGCCGAGCUUGCCACUUCCGUGCCCUUCUCGGCAGCAUCCUAGUGCAGGCGCCCAGGAGGAUGGACUCGGGGGUCCCCUUAGCUGGGCAGUGGGAGCCCGACACGACCCUCGUGCCCGGAACCAUGUCAGUGUUUGGGAGCCUCAGCGAGUUUGUUUUUCCUGCCUUCCUGCACUGACCCCGGACUCUCUGGCACAGCCUGGCUAUGCAGGGCCUUUGGCCAAGCCUCUAUGUAGUGUGGGGUGGGGGAGCCAUCACCAACCCCGUGCCCAACAGGAGGGGUGUAGGAAUAGGUCGGAAAAGGUUCUUAGGGCUACACUGGUGAGCUAAGGAAUGGUUCCCUGCUCCUCAGAGGCCACGGGGGGGCUGGGAUGGGGUCCCUGGCACAUGGACACAGCGACCUUGACAUCAGCCUGACCAGAGAGGGGGACCCAGGGCGGCCGGAGUGCCUGAGGGACCAGGAACUCUGCAGCCUGGUGCCUCACUGUCACCCAGUAGGCCCUUCUACUCUCAUUCCCAGAGCUUGGGGCUCCCUUUGGGGUGAGGCCAGAGGUGCUGGAGCACAGUAGGUAAUCCACAUUGGAUGUCGUAGGGCCACGGGGAUAUUUAAGAGAGAUGUCUAUAUCUAUAUAUAUAUAUAUAAAGUUAUAUCACAUUUUAUCCCACAGACUUUUCGUACCUUUUUCUCCUGUUUGAUACUGUAAAGCCGGACACGCAGAGCUGCACUGCGGGGCUCCCCAUUCUCCCAUCCUCCCACUCUCCCAUCCCCACUGUGGCGCAUUGGCCCUUGGUUGUCAAGGUUUCUAUUGAAGAAAAGGCCAUUGGUUGGGGCAAGCCCCCCAGCCCACGUCCGUCUCGUGCUGCUCCUGUGGUCUAAGUUAUUGAAAGGCCGUGGUGGGGGCCGCGUGCCCGAACCCCCAGACCCCUAAUUUAUUGUCCUUCCUCUGCUGCAGUGCUUUGUACCCUCAAUAAAGUUCUCUGGGCUCUG